AUGAGCUUACCGUUAGAUGUUGUGCCCACCAUAGUUGUUUCUUUACCCAAAGCUGCUCAACUCUUCCUCAAGACCCAUGAUCUUAUCUAUGCCAGUAGACCACCUCUUGAAGUUGCAAAGUACAUCGCUUGGGAGCAGAAGAACUUAGCUUUUGCUCAAUAUGGUUCUUACUGGCGCAACACUUGUAAGAUGUGCAUGUUAGAAUUACUAAACCAAGCCAAAAUUAACUACUUUAGAUCCUUGAGGGAUGCAGAACUAGACCUGUUGGUGAAGCAUCUGAGAGAGGCAGCCAAGGAUGGAGCUGUGGUUGAUCUAAGUGCCAAAGUUGCAGCACUCAUUGCAGACACUGCUUGCAGAAUGAUUUUAGGGAAGAAGUACAUGGACCAGGACUUGGAUGAGAAGGGUUUCAAGGCCGUGAUGACAGAGAUAAUGUACUUGGCAGCAACUCCUAACAUAGGCGAUUACAUUCCUUACAUCGGUAAACUUGACCUUCAAGGGCUAAUCAAGCGAAUGAAGGCAAUGCGAAAAGUCUUCGAUGAAUUCAUUGACAAAAUAAUCGAUGAGCAUAUUGAAUCAAAGAAGGAGGAGAACAAGGUGAAGGACUUUGUCGACGUGAUGUUGGGAUUACUCGGUACUGAAGAAUCGGAGUACUGCGUUGAAAGACCCAUUAUCAAAGCCAUAUUGCUGGAUAUUUUAGCUGGUUCAAUAGAUACUUCUGCUACAACAAUAGAGUGGGCACUUUCGGAGCUGAUAAAGAAUCCAAGGGUGAUGAAGAAACUCCAAAUUGAACAUACUUAUAUUGUGUUGAUAUAUUUAGGUGGACUAAAGCUUCUUUGA